CAGGAUAUGGUAGCGUGCCCCAGUGAAUCACCCUUGAGUUGUGAAAACAGAUCCCAGAACAAAACCACUUCUGCAAAGGGAUUACUGGGAGAGCAGGAAAUACAGGUGAUUAUACACAGGGGGCUUUGAUACCUACAUCCGUCUUUUUUUUUUCUGGCUCUUUGAACUGACUUUGAUAUGCUGCAAUUAGGAAAUUGCUGGAGAGAGAAAAGGGCCGAUGGCUAUUGAGUGGUGGUUUUGAAACAGUGAUCAAAGGGAGGUGGAGAGCCUGUGGGGUCCAGGGUGGAAGGAAAAGUGAAGAACUGAUCUUAUAAAUAAGGCUGGGAAAGUGGGAUGCUCACAGGAGCCUGUUUUACUAGGGUGAAAUGUCAUUGGGAGCUUAUUCUCAUAAGGAACAAUCCAAAAGUUUGAGAUAUUUUUUGCGGGAAAGUGUGUGUUGCUUUGUGACAUUUUAGCCAAGGAAACAGAUAAGAGUUGCCAUUUUCCAGAGAACACAAGAAAAUCAGACUGUUGAAAGAAUGGAAGCUGCUCUCUUACUGGGGAUCACGUGUUUCUGCUCCUCUUUGGCUGCCAUGGUCCUGGACUUCAACACCAUCAGGGGCUCAGCUGAAGUAACCACAUCCAAGAAGAGUGCUCAGUGCUUGACAGACAAGGACUGCCAUGCUGGGAAGUUCUGCCACAAGCCCUGGGAAGAGCUACCCUACUGUUCUCCUUGCCAUAGACUACGGCGGAGAUGCCAACGCAACGCUAUGUGCUGUCCAGGGACACUCUGCAUAAAUGAUGUGUGCACCCAGAUUGAAAAGAUGACACGGGUUGAUGAAAAGAAGCACACUGAACAGGUUGGCUCAGUUUCCAAAGGCAUACCCCACCAUCCUGUUCAAGAGCGCAACACCCAGAAGAAAGAAAAUACCAAAACUUCAAAUGAUGCAGCUCAAGAGGGAGAAAGCUGUCUCCGCACAUCUGAUUGCUCUCCGGGACUCUGCUGCGCUCGUCACUACUGGACUAAAAUCUGCAAGCCCGUUCUCACAGAAGGACAGGCAUGCUCGAAGCGGGGGCAGAAAGAUGGAGCUCAAGGACCAGAGAUUUUCCAGCGUUGCGACUGCGGACCGGGCUUAUCAUGUCAACCGUCACGCAGCAGGAUGACGCAAAGUUCACGCUUGAGAGAGUGUGUGAGAAACUGAUGGCUGCAGUUGUAUUGAGGUUUUCCCAGCUCUUGGAAUGCAGUCCAAAAAUUCAGCCGUAAGAGAGAUCUACCACACAAGAAGUGAACACAUUCUAAUUCCUACUGUAUAAUUGUGUAACCUCUAGUGCUGUUGAAUGCUUUACUUGUAGGGCAGCCAAAUAUGUUCAGUCUGGUUUUUGCUCUGGUAUAGCAUGAAGUAUCUUUUCCCUGUCUCAUGACUUUCAAAUGUGCUGUGCUUAAUGAGAUGAUAAAUAACAUGUAUUAACUAAAAGGAUUUUAAGAGCAGAGUCAUUAGAGACAGCACGUGUUAGAAAAUGGCCAUUCCAUCUUGCUGAAGCUGACCAAAAUAGCUGGAGACAGCCAAUGUUUUGGCUCCACCAGGAGGCCUCUAGGAAGGUCAUUCAUGCCUUGACUACCUCCCUUAACACUUCUGCUUUUGCCCAGCUAUGUAUUACAGCUGCAAAGCCAUAAUGCCUGAAAAAUGGCCUCCAUAACUGGUCCUUUUCAUGAUGGCACCAAGUAUCAUAUACACAAGUAGGACAGCAGACAUGAUCCAGAACAUCUUGCCUUCCACAUCAAACUGGACCGACAUUACACACCAAGCUGAAAUACUUUUUAGCUCCUCUGUGUAAAGGGUGUGCAGGACUCACCACUAAUGUCAAGUUUUGUAGGAUUACGUUUGAUCUUCCCAGCCCUCAGUUUGAGAGAAACUUCACAUAAGGGCUAUGAAGUUCAUUCCACGCAUCAGAUCGCUGUGGUUAAAAAUAAAUGAAUCCAGCAAGUUCUGGUGCCAGAAGAAAUAAUAUAACCUCUAUUUCAUGUAUCAGUUCCCAUCUUUACCUUUGAACUGCCAUCUGCUAUCCAGCCAGUAAACACACCCUUGUCUGCACUUAAAUUCUGAGUCACACAACUGGGCUGCAGCUCCUUAGACUCACCCCCUUGCCAGCUACUCCAAUUAUACAGUUUGAGGUUGAGCUGCUAAUUAAGGCUGCUGCUGGCAAUAAAAUCUUGGAUGGCUUCACAUUUCUUUAAGAUACAAAAGGCUAUUUUCUUACCACAUUGUCUGCCUAAAUACCACGCACAGUACGAACCACAUUGGUUGACUUUCUGUACCUCCACGGCUGGGUGCUUUCCAAAAUCAAGCAUCAUGUACAUGUGAGUUACAAAGAGCAUCUAUGUAAGCAUUGUUGAAAGACCUCUUAAAACGUUGGAAUAAUUCUUUUCGUUCCUUCCCAAGAAAGUUGCAAAGAAUUAUCCUGUAAUAGAAAUACUGCAUCCUACUUUGAUUCCAGACGGCAUGUUAAAUAAAUGGUGCUUCCCCAGCAGGAUAAAAGCAGGCAAAGUGGAAACAAGAUGCUUACUUAUUUCUUGCUUUGAUUUUUUAAAAAGCUGAUGCAUUCAGA